GCAACAGACGGUCUUUGCCACGUGUGUACCCUCAAUGGGUCCCACUUUCAUCAACAGAGGAGGAAUAAAACGAAGGUUUAAAAACAAAAAAAAGGGGAAAGGAAAUAUAACAAAUCCCAAUCUUAACUGUGUGUGUAUAUAAAAUCCGUCCACACUUUUGCCACACAGAUUUUCUUCUUCCUCGCCACCAUAUCUCUCCUCUUCGCUUUCUCUCUCUACGACGACUGAGACCUAUGACCAACGAAAACUGGAUCGGCGCCGCCAUGUCGGACGACGCGCUCGUGGUGGAGAUCCUGCUCCGACUCCGCCACUCCGAGCCACCGGUUAAGAGCGGCGGAGUAUCGGCUCCGACGCUGGACUGGAGGGUGCGUCAGAGGCGAUCGAAGGCGGGGAAGAAGGGGGACCAAGCGCGUGCUAGCCCCACCACUCCGCUCUCUUGGAGCUGCGCCACCUCCUUCAGCGGCGGCGUCGAGGAGUCGAGUGGCGCCAUAAAACCGCCAGAGACCGUUAGAUCUAAGAUUUCUCGGAUGAUCAAAACAACCCCGUUCAAGAGAUCGAGAAGGAAGAAGACACUGACUGAACUCAAAGAGGAGGAGAGUCUGCUCUUGAAAGAAAGAAAUAGCCUGAGAAAUGAACUUGAAAGCGUCCAGGCUUUGCUUGAGCAACAAAGAGCGAGAAACAACGCUCUAAAGAAGUUGAAGGCUGAAUCACAAGCCUCCGUCCCCUGCAAAGUCGCUGCAACGAUGAUGAUGAUGACACCCGCGUCCUCUUCACAUCAUAUCUCAUCAUCAAAAAGAGAGGAAUCCGACUCCGACAUGAGAAAAGGUUCCUCAUUUUCGCUACCCGACCUUAACAUACCUCUUGAUAACGACCCGAGCCUUGAAGUUCUCUGCGGAACCGCCUGCUAAUGAAAAUUGCCCCAAAACAAACGACCUUACCUUACCAAGCAUCAUUCUUUUUUGUUUUUCCAUCUGCCGGAACAAGCCUGGUUCUAUACCUACCAAAGAAUCAGAUGCAUCAUAUGCUUUUAGCCCAAUAUAUGCAUUAACUGUAACUACGAAUACAUAGAUACCGUACCUCAAUCUCUCUGCCUGGAUCAUGUGGCUCUUCAGCAGCAGAAGAAGAAGAAGAAGAAGAAGAUUUUCAUGGAGUUGAGAUGAUUAGGGUUUAGGGUUGAGACUCUUCUAACAUAUCUUAGAUUCAAAAGUAAUAUUUGGUGCUCUCUACCAUGUAUUCGUAUAAAGAUGAGAUGUAAUUACCUACAUAGAUUCAACUCUAUCUUUUUCUUCAUUUGUUGUUGUUUUUUCUUCUCUACUUUCUUUAAUAGGAAAUAUUGCAAAGGUUACAUU